CGAUAGAAAGUAUCAGAUCCUCCAUGUGAUUUUCUCUUGUUUUGGUUUUGUGUUUAAAUGAUUUUUAGUUUUCUAAGUUGAUUGUUUCGGAUAAUUGUCGAUAAAUUAUGGCUUUAAUUUGUAAAAAUUUAGAACAAAUCAGUUCUAGAACAGUUGGUUAUAAAUUAUGGUCAACUAAUUGUUGUCAUCAAGUGAGAGGUAAAAGAAAGCUUACCUUAAGAUCACCCCAGUUACCGAUGUUUGGAAAGAAUUUGCUUCGUUGUGAAGAAUUGAUUGUGAGAAGAGAAUCAAAUUUUUGUUCAUCGAAUUCACAAUCAGCAACAUUACCCAAUUCGAGUGCAUCUAAGGAAAAAGAAGAGAUUUCGUUUGACACUUUACUUCGUCAUUCGGGUCUCAUCGCAUUAGGAGACCCUGAGGGUAAAAUAAUCGCUGGAACAAUUUAUCACACAAUCGAAGACGAUUUGUACAUUGAUUUCGGUGGAAAAUUUCAUUGUGUCUGUAAGCGACCACAAAAUGGAAUCGAAUAUGUAAGAGGAGCCAAAGUGAAAUUGAGGUUAAAUGAUUUGGAAUUGUCAGCUCGUUUUCUUGGUUCAAGUAAAGAUUUAACUCUACUGGAAGCUGAUUGUACUUUACUUGGAAUAAUUUCAUCUCCGGUUGAACCUCCGAAGAAAACAAUUAAAUCCUAAAUCAAUCGAACCUAUUUAUCUAAUAUAUGUAAGCUUCAAUUGAAAAUUGUACUAUUAAUAAUUAGCACCACUUUACUAUUUUGAUUUAUAGCUUAAUUAGUCAAGCUAUUAAAACUUUGUCUCCAAUAACCAAACA